UUUCUGUUCGCACGUUAUGCUUGUUUACUAUGCUACCGUGAUCCCACGGAGUAUACGUGCGUGAUCCUAAGCAAUAGUGCUCAGACGUUAUACAAAACUUUUAUGGAGCUUCAAUCUACUUUUAUUAACGUAUUAAUUAUAUAUAUUUCAUUGAUAUCAACGUAAUGGAUUUUUCUCUACCUGAUAGUGAUAUUUGGGAUGAUUCGCCUUCUCAAGACAAAUUCCUCGAAAACUACUUUAAAGACUAUAUGUUACCUUCUCCUGAUAUAACAAAGAAGAAAAGUAAAAGAAAAAGGCAGAAGCUUUCAAAUUUAAAUGAAGAUUACAAUCAUGUUUUGCAACCAACUGAGACUCAGAUAUGCCAUGUUCUUAACACUAAAACAAAAAAUGAAACAUCAGGUUCUAAUUAUUUAAAUACUAAAAAACAAAAAAAUGAUACUUUUAAAAGUUAUUUGGGUAGUAGUGGAGAAAUCCUAUUAUCCAAAGUUAAGAAAAAUAAUUUGCAUGAAAAGAGAAAAUUGGAAAAUGAAUGCAGAAACAGAAUAGACUUACUGCCUUCAGAACCUGCUUCAUCUUUGCAAGGAGAUAAAUUAUCUUUAAAGAAGAAGAAAAAGCAAACUUCAAAAACUGCUUCACUUAGAGGUAUGAAUUCAACUAAUUCAAAACAUGAUAAAAAUAAUAUAGAGCCUGAGAAGGUAAAUAAGUGGAAUAAAAAUAUACUAAAAUCAAAUAAACUAAAGAAAUCAUCCCCAGCCUCAGAAAUAAAAAGAGUAACUAUAGCUGUGGAAUUUCCAAAUGAAGAUUUUGAACUAAUAGAGGAGAUUAAAAAUAGUUCUAUAUAUAAAGAAUUACAGAAUUUUACAGGACAACAGCAGUUUUUCAAACAAAUUGAUUCAAGAAAUAAUGUCUCUGAAUCUUCUAAUGACAAGGAGCACAUCCCAGAUGUAAGUGAGAAUGAAGUUCAGAUGAUAUCUAUAAAACAAACAAGUCAAUCAAUAACAGAGAAUGAAACUAAGAAUAGUAAUUUUGAUGGAAAGAAAAAAUUAAAAAAUAAAUUUAAAAACAUAACAUCAUUCCACUCAGAACCAAUUACUAUGUUGCAUGGAGGUAAAUUAUCUUUAAACAGGAAAAAAAAUAAAAAGAAUCAAGUUUUAAAAACAGGUGUUGAUGAUGCAAUGAGAAAUGUAGUUUUAGCUAAUUUGAAAGAUGGCAAAAAUAAUGUACAACUUAAAACAAGUAAGCAUAGUAAAAAAACAUCAUGCACAAAUGACAUAAAGAAAACAUCUCAAGGCUCAAAGGACAGUGGUGUAACUGAAGCUGCAAAACUUUCAAAUGAACGUAUUGAGAUAACAGAGGAGGUUAAAAGUAGUUGUAACAUAGUGCAGAAUUUUUCAAGGAAAUUACAGUUUCCAAGACAAAUUAAUUCAAGUUGUAAUUUCUCUAACUCUUCUAAUGAAGGAUUCUUGGAUACUAGUGAAAAUAAAUUGCAAAUGACGUCUCUAAAACAUUGUUCAAGUCAGUCAGCAAUGGAAUGUAAAACUGUCCCUGAAACAAGUCUAUAUAAAAAUAAGAAAAAUAAAGCAACAUCUUUUAUAAACAAAGCACAAAAAAUGUUAAGUGCUGCAAAAUUUAGGUAUUUGAAUGAAAAAUUAUAUACUGGAUCUGGAAGAGAUGCAUAUGAAUAUUUUCAGAAUAAUUCUGAUGAAUUUGAAGAUUAUCAUUCUGGAUAUAAAAUGCAAGUCCAUAAAUGGCCCAUGAAUCCUGUCGAUUUAAUUAUCCAAGAUUUACGUAAAUUAUCUGAAAAUGCAGUAAUAGCUGAUAUGGGAUGUGGUGACGCUAAAAUUGCUCAAACAUUUACAGAUAAGACUGUCUAUUCAUUUGACUUGAUAGCACUGAAUGAAUUUGUAACACCUUGUGAUAUAUCUAAGGUACCUUUGUCAAAUGAAAGUGUAGAUGUUGUAGUGUUUUGUUUAUCACUUAUGGGCACAAACUUUAAAGACUAUCUAUUUGAAGGUCAUAGAAUAUUGAAAGAAAGUGGCAUUUUAAAAAUAGCAGAAGUUGAAAGCAGAAUUGAUGAUCUUGACAAGUUUAUAAAAUGUCUGAAAUGUAUGGGAUUUUCAUUAGAAUGCAAAAUUACUGAGUACAAGAUGUUUGUUUUUCUUGAUUUUAAGAAAGUAAAAAGGAAGAUAAAAAAAGGAGCUGUGCCUAGUAUUUCUCUAAAUCCUUGUUUAUAUAAAAAAAGAUAAAGAUUUUAUACUUUGAUCAUGCUGAUUUUUUUUAAUAUAUGAUCCAACUGAUUUCUUGUUACAGAAAUAUAAAAAUUAAAACAUG